GAGCAUGUAACAAAAUUACUACACUCAAUCAAAAGAAGUAUAUAAAUUCAGAAUAUGUUGUAUUUGAAUUUCGUACUAAAAAAAUUUUAUUUGUAGAUAUAAGUUAUAAUAUUAUAGAUAAAAUAUAUAAAUUUCCUUUUCUUAUUCAACAGAUGCUUGUUACUGAGGCUUGUGCUGUAGAAAAAAGAAUUAAAAAAGGCAAAGUUGCAUCUGAGUUAACAUCUUUUAACUACUCUUCAGUGUUUCAAGAAUAUGGUUUUGAAGUUUAUUUUCAUUGUGAAAUUGUUGAAAUGGAUAUAUCUGAAAAAACUGAAGCUGAGAAAGCAGCUAACAAUCAAAAAUCUGCUAUCUAA